CACAAGUGCUUGUUGUUUCGUCAAACGGCGGGUCUUGAGUCCGCCUCCGAAACACGGACCAAUUUGUCUCAUCAUAGAAGUUUGAAAAGGGAGAAAGAGUAGGUGAGGUUUAAAACAGUUCAAUACAUACCCAACAAUGUAAGAGCGGGUGCUCAACCAGCUGUUGAGCACUGAUUUCAGGUGUCAGUGUCCAUGGUGCGGAAAAGAGAGGCACAAGAAAACUAUGAGGCCAGGGACAUACCGGUAAGCCCAGCAUCGGAAACGAGAUCGGUGAAGCCCAUUUUGAAGGAUGUGAAAAGUCAAGUCGGAAAGAAGAGAAAGGUCGGGUAUUUGUAGAGCUGGGAGAGAUGUGAGAAGGAAAAUGGGUUGUCUGGUCGAUGUCCAGGUGGGGUUUAUGAGAUUUUUCACCUAAUCUGCUUUGACUGGGGCUCACUACUAAAUGCUAAGUGAGGGGCGGAAAAAGUGACGGAUUAAUUCUCUCCGCUAGCCGGUCUACGAGCGUCAUUGAGCUAAGGUGCAGGUGGGUCCGAGCUUCCUAUCUUAGGUAACUCCAUUCUAUAUAUCACAGCUGGACGACGUAAGAGCUUCUGCCGCCUUGUGAAUCAAGUCGUUGUAUAACCUUUUCCCAACACACCACAGUUUUCUCUCUUCCGGCACAUAUCCAAAAUUUCCGAACAUGCCAAUCUCACCAAUUAUCACCUUCAAAGCGGGCCAGUGCGAGGUUGAUGCCUCCUCCAAGCCUUACAAGGUGAAGCCGCAGCCUGAGCCGGGCUAUAUCUACCUAUACUCUGAAGAUGAUCUCGUGCAUUUCUGCUGGCGCAAGCGAAGCGAACCCCUCGACAACCCCGAACUUGACCUGAUCAUGGUCCCUGGCGAUGGCAGCUUCACUCCUCACGAAUACACAUCGUCUUCCGAGCCCACCUCCAAGACCAACGGCCGUAUCUUCGUCCUCAAGUUUACUUCUUCAUCCCAACGAUAUCUCUUCUGGCUUCAGUCGAAGCCUCAGGGCGAAGACGGAGAUCCUGCCUACUACAGCCCCCGUGAUCGCAAGAUUGGCGAAAUAGUCCAUCAACUACUACAGGGUGAGGAGGUGGAUGUCGCUGAGGAAUUGUCAGCUCUCCGUAACAACGAUAACCAACCCGACGACGAGGAUGAGACCAUGGAAGACGCCGAUACCCACCGUGCACCUCGAGGAAGCGGCAGCGGAGGUGCAGGACCUGACGCUACGGGUGGAGAUGUUCGAGAGGAGGGCGAGGGCUCACGAGAGGGCGGAGCUGAUGGUGCUAGAGCGGCCUCUUCAUCUGCCCCUGAUGCCGAUGCUGCUGCCGCUGUGAAGAGCUUUUUGGACAGCCUUCGAGGCCCGUCAGGGCUCUCUGGUGGACAGCAGCAGCAAACCACCGACAAGGCAUACCCUCAUCUCAACCACCUACUUCCCACUUCCAUCACAAUACCUAUGGUUGACUCGGCUCCCGAAGAGUUCACAGACACAUUGAUCAGCCUUCUCCCUCCUACUGUUAUUGUCCUUGCAAGUGGCUCAACAGAUUCUGUUGAUGGGAAAUUGGAGCCGUCAGCUUCGGCUGUGGAGGAUGCCAAAGCCUCAUUAUCCCUGGACGACAAGCGGACGCUGUUGAAGAAGGUUCUGAGAAGUCCCCAGUUCAACCAAGCCCUGGCAAGUCUCACAAUGGCCAUACGGGAUGGUGGUUUGCCAAGCAUUGCGGAUGCUCUUGGUGUAAAGGUCCAAGAUGGAGGAUACCUAAGAGGCAGCGGCAUGCCUUUGGGUGGUGGCCAAGCUAUUGAAGCAUUCGUGAAUGGCGUUAAGAAGACAGUCGAGGACGAGAAGAAAUGAAAUAGCGAUGCAUUCUCGCGAGGUAUAUUCUCGACUGUGGGCUUGCGUUCUCUAAUGACACGAAGAAAGAAGCAAUACUUGAGAUAUAUUGAUGAAGGUCAAUACCUGGUAGGCAACGUGCAGCAUCAAAUGGGUUUUAGAGAUUAGACCACUUGUCCCAAUCUCUGUUUGUGAUUUCAGAAGUAAAAUAGAUCCAUGAUUUUAAGAUGGGUUGAAAUAUAAAUUUAAUACUCAUACUAUUGGGCUA